GGCUUGUCUGGUUUCAUUGGUACCGCCGCAUUGUUAUGGCCCAACGACGCUCGCCGCAUAGAUCUCCUGUAACGCUCGUCCACGCUCACAGCACCAGAUCGAGGGUGCGAAACGCUUCAAUUACCCGCAAACGCGCCGCCGGUCGAUCCAGGCAGACAUCUAAUAGUUCCCACGCCUCGUACGCGUCCAGCGACAGCCAGUCUGACGCCUCUCGUGCUGUAUUGGUCCCCUUGCACACCAACCUUCGUCGCUUGCCCUCUCGGUUGUUCGCCGCUGGGAAAGAAGUCAUGCGCGAUGCCAGUCGAAGCUUAGGCGUUACCGCUGGUUCGAAACGGAAACGCGUUGGGAGUGGGAUCGAGAACUCCAACAGUGACGACAGGCAAUACAGGGACGGGAGUCGAAGGAAGAGGCUGAGGUCAAGUUCUAGUCGCAUGGAUACCAGUGACGAUGACGGACAUAGUGAAAUGGAGCUGGAUGGUCGAGAAUUCGGCGUACUGCGUUCUGAAUCCGGGGACGAGGAUGAAGUCGAAUCAACGGACGACUAUCUAAUCAACGAAGCUGAGCCGCGUCACUUGCGCCGCCUUCGUAAAGACGAGCUCGUGCGUCUUUACAACGCGGCAGGUCUGUCUGGAGACCCCGAGACUCUCACGAAGCCUGAAAUUGUGGAAGCUAUCGUUGCUGCUCGUGACGAUGUUGCUGAACUGCCUCCCACGUCCCCGCCUCUUGCUGCCGCGGACAACUCCAGUGAAUGUUCCUCUGACGAUGGGAACUUUGGCGGCGGCGAAGAGACUGACAUCAGCGCUAAAUAUGGGGCACAAGUGAACGGGCUGAGGAGGCGUGUUACAGUGCAUGAUCUUGGGCAGCAAAUGAGCAAAUCAGCGAAGGGCCGCAGCCUUUCGUUGGGUCAACUAGACUGUUCUGAAGCCAGGAAAGCGACACGCCUCGUGAAUGGGAAGAAAGGCACAUUAGAUAUCGGAUAUGGCUCUCUGGGCAGGCGGCGCGCCAACCACGUGGUUACAGUGUCACCCUCGCCCACGACGUCCGCAACGUCCAAUGGUCUACCUUCACCGCCAAUUACUCGCUUCAGGACUCGACAGGGUUCCGCAGAGAACCACUUGUCCGCCUCUUCCUCCAAAAAUACCAAAGGAAAGGGAAAGGCAAAACACGUUGAUUUCAGCGAAGAAGUCCGAGUUAACGCUUCUCAUCCUGCAUCACACGACCCUGGAGAGGAGAGUGAGUUGACGGAUUUGGCUGAACUGGAAGUGUCGGUUGCCGCGAACCCGAGUCCGCGGAGACUGCGGAGUAAGGACAAGCAGGGUAGCGGCGAUGCGAAGAGUAAAUCUGAUUCGAAAUCUGGUCGCAAGUCGCAGACGAAGGGGUCAAGGAAGAGUCAGUCCGAGGAGGUCGGUGAAGAGGCGGAUGGGUCAGGUACAGAAGAACACGAUGAGGAUGAAGUCGACGAGCUUAUCUCGUCGGCGUCUCCUACCCCUCCUCCCCCGCCACCCCCCAGGAGGACUCCUGUCAAACGCCGUUUAAGACCCAGACGAGUGCAAACCCACACUCCUCCCACUGACAGCGAUGACGCGCACGAAGGAGAUGACGAGGAAGAGGAAGAACUUGAGAUGGAUGCGGAGCAAAUGGUUGAGGAGGAGAGUGUCGAUGGGGCUGAGGAGGAGGAUGCGGAGGCCGUGGUGGCUGAACCGCGGAAGCUGAGGAGCGGCAAGGUCGUCGGAGAAGGUGAUGCUGCCGAGGAAGAUAUUGAGGAGACCGACGAAGAGGAGGAUGAGGAUUACGUGGAUGCUGAGAUGCAAGAACCGGACGUCGACGCUGAAGGCGAGACGGAGGAAAGUGAGGAGUCCGAUGAACCUAUGGAGGACGUGGACCUCACUGUUGCAACCGCGAAGGCGCUAGUGCGCCUCCGUCGCGAUGACCUGGUUAAGAUGUGCGAAAGCCGUGACAUCUCACCUGUAGGAACCAAGCCCCAGUUGGCCGAGGCUCUCCUGCAGUGGCGUGACCGGCAGUCAGAGUUCUCGUCGCCGUCCUCCGCUGGCACGGCUCGUCCACCAUCCACAGCGAGACCACGCCGUAGGAGAACUCGAAGCAAAACGCGCAGCGCCAAUGAUCGCGACGCUACUCCAGUCUUGCUCCGUGAUGAUCGCGUGCACGUCGAGCAACCUCAGACUCCCCCUGUAUCUGGGCACAACAAAAAAGAACCCGAGCCAGAGUUAGAGCUAGAUCUGGAAAGCUUGGGCUUGGAGGAUCGGGAGAUCCCUCCGGAGAAGCUGACAAAAUUGGAAAAGAUAGGUAGUGGGGGCUUCAAGGACGUUUAUGUCGGGAAGUUCAAAGGACGACGGGUGGCCAUUGCCGAAUUCCGAGGUCAACUAAGUGCGAUGGACAUUAAGGAAUUGAAACUUCUAGGCGAUUUCAACCAUCCUAACAUCGUCAAAUUCCUUGGCGUUAGCAUUCCUGAGAAUACUCGGGAGACCCCUGUCAUGAUCGUCAGUGAGCUGUGUUCAAACGGAGACUUGUUCGACUACAUCCGGAACGUUCCGCCGCCGUCUUUGUAUCGAGUCUUGUCGAUGAUGCUUGACAUCGCUCGGGGUCUCGAGUACCUUCACACCAGAAAGCCGUCGAUCAUCCACAGGGACUGCAAAUCCUCCAACAUACUCAUCACUUCUCGAGGCGUUGCUAAGAUCACGGACUUCGGCUUAGCCAAGGUGAAGCAAUCGACUCGGUCGAUGGUUCGUAGUCUUGUCGGCACUGUCAAUUGGCAAGCGCCGGAGCUCUGGCACGCGCACCCGAAGUAUAAUCACAAGGUGGACGUAUUCUCACUCGCUAUGGUAUUCUGGGAGAUGCUGCAAUGGCACUUACCGAAUAAGAAGUUCCCUUGGGAGGGAAUGAACGAACAUGCAAUAUAUGAGAUCGUAGGUGCAAAACGCCAAAGACCGUCAAUAAGUGGUUUGCGCAAACAAUGGUGCCCAGAAAUUGUCAAUCUCAUGGAGCAUAUGUGGAUUCAUGAGCCCAAUGAGCGGCCUACUAUGACGGAAGUUGUCCAAGGACUAGAGCGGCUUCAAGCCCAUUACCGAUAAUUAUCCGCCAUCCGUCAAUACAUAUGCAGCACUCCCCGCAGCCAGUAUUCUAUCUCAUAUACUUCUCCUUGCUUUCUCGGACUCUAUGUUCUGCUCUAUGAAUGUGGUACUUAUCAUUCUCUUAUUCGCAAAGAAGGCUAGGUCGGAGUAAGGACGACCUACCUGAUUCUUCGUUUUGUAUCAUCUCAUCUAUCAUCAUCGCAAUGUGUUCAUAUAUCGCAUUUGUAUUGUAGAGUCAAAUCAAGCAGUGCAUCGUUUUGGAACUG